AUUGUUCAAAAACAAUUUGAAAUUGCUAUAUAAGAUAUCCAAGAGAAUGAAAACGUACUUGCAUAUUUUAAAACUCUUUAGAGCUUGAGACCUGAAGAAAUGAAAUUGUUGCAGAUGUCAGAAGCUUCAAAACAGGCUACAAGACAUGAAGAAUCAGAACACCUUCAGAAUCCAGAACCAGACCAGAUCUUGAGCCCACGAAGAUCGUUAAUUGUAGAUCAAAGAAAAUGGUGGGCCUCUGUUUUGUUGUGUCUUUUCUUGGUCGUGCUUGGAGACUCUCUGGUCAUGCUUCUCUUAAACUUCUUCUAUGUCCAAGACAAUCGAGAAGAUAGUGAUCAAGAUCUACAGUACACAGGAACAUGGACACAAGCUCUGAUUCAAAACGCCGCGUUUCCAAUCCUUAUCCCUCUCUUCUUCAUUUUCCGUUCCCCAAAACAAUACCCUGAAACCAACAAUACUCGUUUCCUCUCUUUUCGUCUUCUCUUUCUUUACUUGUCUCUUGGUGUUCUUGUUGCUGCCCAUAGCAAGUUAUUUGCUCUUGGGAAGUUAUACGCAAACUAUGGCAUAUUCACGUUGAUUUCCGCGACACAGUUGAUAUUUCUAGCAGUUUUCACAGCCAUCAUUAACCGUUUCAAGUUUAACAGAUGGAUCAUCAUAUCGAUAAUCCUCACUAUUGUGAUAUACGUUUUAGGUACUCCUGAAUUUUCAGGAGCGCCUGAUGAAAAUGAAGAAUUUUAUAACAUCCAUGCUUGGUUAACUUUCUCUGGUUCGGUUGCUUUCGCACUAUCUCUCUGCUUCUUCCAACUCGGGUUUGAGAAGCUUCUGGUGAAUACAAAGAGGUAUGGUAACAAGAAAGUAUUUAGAAUGGUCUUAGAGAUGCAGAUAUGCGUUUCUUUUGUCGCCUCAGUUGUUUGUUUUGUUGGUUUGAUUGCGAGUGGCGAAUAUAAGGAACUGAAGGGCGAUAGCAGAAGGUUUAAGAAAGGUGAAACAUAUUAUGUUUUGAGCUUGGUUGGGUUGGCUUUGUCGUGGCAGGUUUGGGCGGUCGGGUUGAUAGGUUUGGUGCUGUAUGUUUCGGGUGUGUUUGGUGAUGUUGUACAUAUGUGUACUUCCCCACUUGUGGCUUUGAUUGUUGUGUCGGCAUUUGAUUUUAUGGAUGAUGAUUUUAGUUGGCCUAGAAUAGGUGCUUUGAUAGGAACAACUUUGGCUUUAGGAUCAUACUUCUACUCAAUGCACAAGAAAAACAAGAAGGAGAUAAUGGAACUUGACCGAAGAGAGAACAAUGUUGAAGUUUAAUCCCUCAUGUCAAAUGUAUGUUUGGGUCUUUUCUGAAUACUUUAUUGUACUUCUUUAUCUUUCAAGUGAAUGUCCAGCAUGUUGUAAAGAUCUGAUCAUCUGAAAACUGUGUAGUUCAUUUGUUUUGUUAGUUUGAUUUCUUUAUUUUGUUGUAGUUUUCCAAUACUUGUUAAUGAAAGUUGUAAAAAGGAAAAAUAAUUUGUUAAUGGGGUUUUGGCUCUUUUUGUGAAGAACAAAACUUAGGUGAAU